UUUCUAGGCUUUAACCACAGUUACAUAGCACUCAAAAUAGAACAGUACAGUACAGUAUUGAACGAUCAUAUCAACGUCUCUCUAACUUAACCAAAUGUCUAUUUACCUAAAAAGAAGUUGAGCCAAACACUGUCUUUCACUUUUUCCCAAAGAUUCCAUUUCGGAAAAUGGCUUCUCACCAUUACUACCACCACCACCCCACGGUGGCCGCCACCAACCCCACCCCUAUCUCCUCCGUCUGUUACUGCUACUCUUGUCACCCCACCCCUUCCCCAUACCACUCCCCCUACCCUCACCCUCCUCCUCCACCAAAUCCACACUCCACUACCCCUUAUACCCAUUGCCCACCACCACCACCCUACAACCCUCCUAACCAAUGCCAAUGUGUUCAACCCCCUCACCAAAAUCAUCACUAUUUUGAAGAAGUUAAUCAAGCCAACAAAGUACAAGACCAACAAACCCAACGCAUUGUUACCUCACUUCUCCGUCGGAUCGCCGCCUUAGAAUCAUCCCUCCGCCGCAGCUCUUCUAGUUCUCCUCGUUAUCGUCAGUCCCUACGCGAUGCUGCAGCGCGUACUAUUCAAACGCACUUUAGAGCCUUCCUUGCUCGUAGAUCGAGAACCCUCCGGCAGCUAAAACAGCUGGCUUCCAUCAAAACUACUCUCAAUAUUCUCAAAUCGUCAGUUUCUGGUAAACCCCAUUUUGAUACUCAAGCAGUUUCUCACAGAGCUAUGGAUUUACUUGUUAAACUUGAUUCUAUUCAGGGGGAUGAUCAAUUAAUUAGAGAUGGUAAAAGGUCGAUAAACAACGAACUGACUAGAUUUAUGAAGGUAAUUAAUGGGGUUUCGGUAUUUUCAAGUAGAGUAGUGAAGAAUGUGAGGAGUGGCAACAAAUCUAGGUGUUUUAACAGUGACCGUGAAGUGGAACUUGGCACAAAUCUUAACGAAGCCAUUGAUAAGUUUGUUGCGACGGUAAGUGAAUCUGAAGAGGAAGAGGAGGAGCACCUAAAAAAUCCUAGAGUUUCUGAAGCUAGAAAAUCUGGGGUUUUACGACGAAAUAGGGAUGAAGGUGGGCUUAAACCAAAACAAAAGAAAUCUGUGAGCUUUGCAGAGAAUGUUAAUGGGCAAGAAUCAUUUGAUGCUGAUGAGAUAGAGCUCAUGAAAAACCUUAGCAGAAGAGUUGAAAAAAUUGGAAUUUUAUCAAAGGAUGGCGCUGAAGUUGAUGAGGAAGAAGAUGGAGGUCGGUAUAGUGGAAGUAGUGAUAAUGAAAUAAUGGAUCCAAUUAACUACAUUUCAAGAAAAGAUGAUGGUUAUAAUGAAAGGAAUGUGAGAGAUGAGGAUGAGAAUGAGAAUGAAACUGAGAGUUUCUUGUUCUCAGCACCAUUGCCUGUGAAGAUGGAAGCUAGAGCAGUUGAUAAUUAUAUCAACAGGAAAAUGGUGUCAAAAUAGUUGACAAUUGAAUAGUUGGUUCCCAACAAGAUGUCAAGAUUUGAACUUUGACAAUUGAAUAGUCUCCUGCUGGAUUUUGCUGAGCAUUGACAAUUAGGUGGAAGUUUAGAGCUUCUGCAAUUCUCAGGAAUUAUUUGUAACUGUUAGUGAUGAUAUUGAUCUUGAUGACUACUGUUAGGCUUGGUUAUGAGAGUUCAUGUGUUUUGGAGUUUUGGAUUUUGGCUGUUUUCUUUUCUGCCAUUGUUGUACGAAAGGGAGAUCUUUUGGGUGUAAUGGCCUUGGUCUGUAAGUCUUAAAUCUUAAUGAAGAUUGUUGAAGUGUUAGAGGUCGCAUUUUGUUCAAAAAUAAAUCAACAGGUGGCUAUUUCUUGUG